UCAACGGUGCAGGUAUCGUAUCUACUGUGACCAGUGACAGGUUGUGUAAAUAACCUACAAAACUUUUGAUUGUUGUGUGUUGACGUAUUGAAAUAUGGUCUUAACUUUGUAUCAUUUUCCACCGUCUGCUCCGUCAAGAGGUGCGUUACUUGCUGCUCACGCUGUCGGUGUCAACGUUGACGUACAAGUUCUCAAUCUCUUUAAAAAGGAGCAACUUAAAAGUGACUUUGUUAAGAUAAACCCACAACAUACAGUCCCCACAUUAGUGGAUGGGGAGUUUGUGGUAUGGGAAAGCAGUGCUAUAGCGGCCUACUUAGUGAAUCAAUAUGGAAAGGAUGACACCUUAUACCCAAAAGACUUGAUGAAGAAGGCCCUUGUAGAUCAAAGACUACAAUUCAAUUGUACAAUGCUGUAUCCUCGCGUGAGAGCCAUUUGUUUUCCUAUCUUAUAUCAAGAUGAGAUUGAAAUGCACGAUGAGCAGAAAGCACCUGUCGAUGAAGCAUUAGGUUUCUUAGAUGUAUAUUUAGAUGGAAACGACUUUGUAUGUGGAGAUAAGUUGACAAUAGCCGAUUGUUUAUUAGUGGCUUCAGUUGCCACUAUCGCUGCAAUCGGAUGGGAUCUUACAUCGUAUGCUAAUGUUUAUUCGUGGGUUUCGCGAUGUGCAUUAGAAAUCCCAAAUUAUGUGGAAGUUAAUCAAAAAGGUGCAGAUGAAUUUGGAAAAGCAGUGAAAACUAAAAUGGAAUCAGGAUAAUAUUUGUAUACAUUUGCAUUGUACUUAUUGCUGCUUUCAAAAUUGAAUGUCGAACACAGACCGGCAAAGAUUGUAGGCCGCCAGUCGCCAAGCCGCUACUAGAGUGGGCAGUGCCCUCUGUGGAAGUGAAUGCUGCACACUACAAAAAUGUAGCCUAUGGUUAAUGGAAAAAUAUGA